ACUCUCACAGGACCCCAGAACGAGGAAAUAUAAGCAGAGGUUUUUUUCUACAUGCACUUUGACCGUUAGCGGAGCUCCCGGGUGUGUGCCCUCCUCUGCCAAAUCUGACGGCACAUCUGACUCUCGUGAUGAGGUUUUGACUUCUGACAUUUUAAAGAGCCGAGCUGGCGAGUGCCGCGGGUUGAGCGUGCACUACACAUCCGCUUUUGCCGAUAACAUCUUCAAUUUCGAAUAUUUAGAAUCUGAAUCAUUGUAAGAAUCCACAAUACUUCGAAAAACAACGACAAAAAAGGAUCUCCUGUUAAUUUAGCUAAAACAAAAAACGUGAUCGCACGCAGUUUUCUCCAGGGUUCCGAGCGCAACACUUCAAGCCGUUUCAAGGAACAUUUUUGGUUUCCUUUUGGGGAUUUCGAUAGUUCCUCCAAUUUGGACAGUGCGAGUACUUCGACUGAAUCAAAAUGCCCCAACUAGCAGGUGGUGGUGGCGGCGGGGACCCUGAGCUUUGUGCCACCGACGAAAUGAUUCCGUUCAAGGAUGAGGGAGACCAAGAACAAAUAUUCGCAGAACUCAGUCACUCAGAGGAAGACGAGGGAGACUUGGCAGAUAUCAAGUCAUCUUUAGUACAUGAGUCAGAGACGAGUCCAAACAGCAAUCAUGAUGGAACUAGACAAUCCCAAAUAUCCCAAGACUCAUAUCAUGAAAAACACAGAGACCAUCACGAUGAUGGGAAACACCUAGACAUGUACAACAAAGGUCAUCCGUACUCUGGAUACCCAGGUUACAUCAUGAUGACUAAUAUGAACAACGACUCCUACAUGAACAACGGCUCCCUGUCGCCACCCAUGCCCAGAACGUCCAAUAAGGUUCCGGUGGUGCAGCCGUCGCAUGCGGUCCAUCCGCUCACCCCCCUCAUCACGUACAGCGACGAACAUUUCGCCCCCGGACCCCACUCCGGACACCACCCCCAGGACGUCAACCCCAAACAAGGACAGUACCACUCAUCCUGUCUCUCUACAGGCAUGCAGCGGCAUCACCCCGGGCCGGACAUGACCAACUUCUACCCCCUCUCCCCUGGAGGAGUGGGACAGAUCACGCCCCCACUGGGAUGGUUCUCCCACCACAUGGUCCCGGGUCCCCCCGGCCCCCACGCCACAGGGAUCCCCCACCCGGCCAUCGUCAACGCCCAGGUCAAACACGAGCCCCAGCACGACAACGACCUGAUGCACAUGAAGCCUCAGCACCAGGAUCAGAGGAAGGAGCAGGAGCCCAAGAGACCCCACAUCAAGAAGCCGCUGAAUGCCUUCAUGCUGUACAUGAAGGAGAUGAGGGCCAACGUUGUGGCAGAGUGCACGCUUAAGGAGAGCGCCGCCAUCAACCAGAUCCUGGGACGGAGGUGGCAUGCUUUAUCCAGAGAAGAGCAAGCUAAGUAUUACGAAUUAGCCCGCAAGGAACGGCAGCUCCACAUGCAGCUCUACCCAGGAUGGUCCGCCAGAGAUAAUUAUGGAAAGAAGAAGAAGCGGAAGAGGGAGAAGAUCCAGGAACCGGCUGCAGGAGGAAAACGGAACGCUUUCUCCACGUCGUGCAAAGCGAAGGCAGCAGCUAUGGCCCCUCUGUUAGAGAUGGAGGCCUGCUAGAUUCCAUGAACCCUCCUCCACCUUAUCUCCGACCCCCAAGCCUCAACUCCCGUUCUCAGAGGAAUACACCCCCCGAACUUGACUUUAUACUCCUCUCCUGCAGUGACUCUCCUAUCUGCUGUAGAAACUCUGAACUGAACAAGACAAUCACUACUAAAGACCAUCAUCCAACCGCAUGCAACUCCCCAGCCCCCUCACUCACCAGCCCCCUCACGCCUUUUUUUCUCCUUACAAGCAGCUCUAUCUCAAUCCAAGGCACUGCACUGAAAACAGUUCAGCGAUUUCACUUUGUCAAACACAAUUAACACCUCCCCACACAUACCCCAACACCUGUUUCUAAGUUAUUCCUAAGUUAUUUGCCACCUCCGUUCCUUUCCUUUGUACAGCCCACUAUGUUCGACCCUCAACACUCCCCUGUCCCCUCUCUCACUGGAUUUCAGACCACGUGUUUGGGUUGCGGCCUGACCUCUUUAGACUGACUGCACUAUCACAAGGAAGAUGGAGGGAUGUCAAUCACAUGUUGUCAAGGAAACAUCCUCUCAAGGCUCCUAUCCUCCAUUUUGUUUUUAUUAACGGCCAGUUGGUGCAAAAAAUAUCAACGUUUUAUGAUUAUAGCUUUUACCUUUGAGUUGGAAUUAAUUGAAUGCUUUUUUGUAUUUUGAACUUGGUUUAAAUUUCUCGGUGUAUAUUUUCAGUGAAUUUUUUGUUUUGUUCUUUUUUUAGAAUAUAUAUACUGGUAUAUAUGAAAAUAAGCUUUGAACACAGGAAAGCCAUUUGUUUUCUUGUUAAAGCGUCUUGCAGAAAAAUGAAAAUUAAGGCUUCUUUUGAUACUAUUUGUAACAAAUAGUGACCUUGACUCGAGUCUUGCUCAGAUGUAAAAUAAAGCUCAGUAUGUGUACUUUUUAAAGAAACUGUCAGGAUAUGUCACUUUUCUUGGUAUUUUUGCAGGCAACGUUAGGACAAAGGCAAGUGGUUGCUCAGAGGCCUAUAUUUUAUUGUUCUAAACUGACAAAUGAAGCAGAUAUAUAUUUACCCCAGCACUUGGCAGUGUUCGUUUUAUUGCGAUCAGGGUUGGGGUCAAUUCCAGUAAAUUCAGAAAGUUAACCAAAUUCCAUUUGCAAUUCGACAUUUUCCUCAUUGGAAAGCAUUGAAGAGAAGUUGGAGUUGGAAUUUCAGUGUACUUCCUGAAUUGACACCAAGCUUGAUUGCGAUGGACUUUUCUCUUCUCUAUCUGGUAACUGUGGUCUUUUUGCCCAUGUUGUUUAUUUCAUGCAUUUCUGUAACAUUUUAUUGAUUUUAUGCUCUAUUUUUAGUAUUACUUGACGCAUUUUUUUUAUUCAUUGUCGUAUUUUGAAUCACUGUCAUCUUGGUAUAAGCACUUUGCUUCCCAAGUGGUCACAUUUUAACACUUUCAACAUGUUUUGUUUUUUUAAAGAAAAAUAAAAAGGCAU